UACAUUCCAUGAUUGAUUACGGACAGGGCUGCUGCUUGUAUGGAAUCCUAGGCGGCUCUCCAACCGGAUUGUUGAAGCACCGGAUAGCAUACAAGCUCAGCGGAAACUGGUCUUCUGGACCUUGGUGGCCAGAGGAUAGGCGGAUUGGAUUCGAAUAAUGCCAAUCGGCCAUCCAUACUUAAGACUACGGACUGGAGUCGAUGCCGAACCUACGACUUGGCGAGAAGUCAUACGCACUGUUCGCUGACGGCAAAGGUACGGCGAUGCUAGAUCCAGCAAGCGGAGAUGUGGCUAAAUGUAUGUGCCGGCCUGGGCGUGGGUGUAUCUGGAGACCUGUUGGGUAGCCAUGGCGAGGAGCACGAAGCGUCUUCUGGAGGAGGCCAGCAGACUUCCGCCAUUGGUUCGGGCGUGAGUUACCAUGAAAGGCUUCCAGAAGGCGCUUUGGGCUAUAAGCCAUUGUGCAGUACCCAUCUCGUCACUGCCGUGCGCAAGCUAGAGCAGGACUGUGCCAGGACUGUUGUGGCUUACGUGGUCAAGUAUGUCGGCUUCUCGCUUUGAUGGUCUUAUCUUGCUUGUCGCGCUCAGUGAGUGCUGAGGCUGUCUCCUUGAAGCUCAAGUCCUUAUUUCCUUGCAUUGUAUGGUGAAGACGAUCCGUGUGGAUCCUGCUGCUGUGGUGUUUGUAUCCAAAAUGCUCCUUUUCUAGUAGGUUCGAGGCGGUCCAUAUCCGGAUGUGUGUUCGAAUGAUAAUGGAAGGAAAGAGGAGGUUAGUCUACUUACAUCGUCACGAUCACGAGAAGGGCGGUAGUUGUCGUCUGUGAAAGGUUGUGUCAGCUUAGCUGUUGCUCAAUGAGUGAUGAGCGAGUCGCGCUGUGGUUGCUUUGUCUCAAGACAGUGCAAAAGCCAAGUGUUGUCCUCGAAACUCAAUAGAGGUGAGGAUCGAGGGUAUAAACCUUGGCAGGUGAAGUGGGAAUGAAGGAAAA